AUGGACCUGACGGACGAUGCGCUUGGAUAUUGCUUACUGCGACCAAAUGGACUCAUGGGCUCAUUAGAUGAUGAGUCUGGACCUGCUGACGCCAGCGUGGUGUCGAGGGCAAGGAGCCACGGAGGCAAGGCAAAGACCAACUUCCCCACCCCCACUAAGCUCCAUCUCGACGCCGUCAACAUCGCCAACAUGAACAAUGCCGCCAAAUUAGCUGCGACGACGAACAUCAGCAACAGCCACAGCAGCACCGUGGAGUCCUCCUCCUUGCCGUCUCCGCGCCCGCUCGACCUCACUCUCAAAACCCCCCUCUUGUCCACCGACAGCGGCUACUUCACUGCUGCGAGCGGCUUCCGCCUGCUUCCCGCUUCCCGGGAAUUAUCCUUCCGCGAAAGAUCCCCCCGCGAAACUUGUAGGUUCGACCACCCCCCCUCCCCCACGAAACAUCCCCAUAUUUUCCUUCCGGACCAAGUUUGUUCCUCUUUUAUGUAA